CGCUCAUUCGCAACCAUCGAAAUCCCCAUCACGAUGAUUCACGUUUAUGAAGUCCAUUAUCUCGCAUUACACCGUACUCAUUCUCGCAUAAAAACCUGCUCGGAUUACGCGGACCUUCCAGUCUAACUUUUGCUUUCGAACCCGCGACACCGCAUAAAUCGAAAUGCCGCUCACGCUGUACUACCUUGAAAUGAGCCCCGCGGUACGGAGCACCUUGCUCACGAUCAAGGCCCUCGGAUUGGACGUAGAAAUGAAGCCGGUCAAUCUGAUGGCUAGGGAACACAUGACGCCUGAAUACCUCAAGAUGAAUCCACUACACACGGUGCCGACGUUGAAGGAUGGUGAUUUCGUAGUGUUCGACAGUCAUGCUAUAAACGCUUAUCUGGUGGACAAGUAUGGUAAAGACGACUCCCUAUAUCCCAAAGACUUACAAAAACGAGCUACCGUGAACCAGACGAUGUUCUUCAAUUGUUGUGACUUGUUUCCGAGUAUAGGAGCUAUAGUUGGUUCUAUUUUGAAGGAGAACGCCAAGACUGUCAGCAAAGAUAAAGCAGCCAACGUUACACAAGGAUACCAGAAGCUCGAAUCCCUACUGGAACAGAGCACCUACGUCGCUGGACCCCACGUGACCAUCGCCGACUUCGCCAUUGUGUCCACCAUCAGCUCCAGCAAUGCUUUGGUGCCAAUCGCCUCGAACAGAUACCCCCGGAUCACAGAAUGGCUGAGCAAAAUGCAAGCGCUGCCCUACUACCACGAAGGGAACGACAAGGGGUUGAACACGUUUGUAACUGUGAUGAAGAGCAAAUUGGGGUAAAAUGUUUUUGUAUGAUUAUUUUGAGAAUUUUGUUGUGUGAAUCUGUUUAUUUUUUAUAGGAAUGUGAAAUAAAUUAAUACUGAAACUA